AUGUUCGUCAACAAGAUGAUAUCACUCCGGCUCGGUGCGUCGGGAACUCUGGCACACACCUUCAUUUUCCGGUCUGCUAGACAACUCCUAUCCUCAGCGACCACCAGACGACUCACCCCCGCAUGUCUAGGUGUUGCGUCAGCCUGGUCCCCGGUAUCCUUCUCUCAACUUGAAAGACGCCAUUACUCUCCUCAACCACCUCCGCACCUCUCUACCCGCUCCACUGUCGUCCAGCUGUUGAGCAACAUUGGCUCCAAGAGGGAGGUCCAACAGUACCUCUCACACUUCACCUCCGUCUCCUCGCAGCAGUUUGCCGUCAUCAAGGUUGGCGGGGCUAUUAUUACAGAGCAUUUGCAGACCUUAUCCUCUGCUCUUGCAUUCCUCAACCAUGUCGGUCUCUAUCCGAUUGUUGUCCACGGCGCUGGGCCGCAGUUGAAUAAGAUGCUUGAAGCUGCCGGUGUGGAACCUCAAUUUGAAGAUGGGAUCAGAGUUACGGAUGGAAAGACUCUGGCGCUUGCAAGGUCGCUGUUCCUGGAGGAGAAUCUGAAGUUGGUAGAGGAGCUGGAGAGUCUGGGUGUAAGGGCUAGGCCAAUUACGACGGGUGUGUUUUCGGCGGACUACCUUGACAAGAAAAAGUAUAACCUGGUUGGCAAGAUUAAUGGCGUCAACAAGGCUCCCAUUGAAGCUGCGAUUAGUGCCGGAUGUCUUCCCAUCCUGACCUCUAUGGCUGAGACGCCCGAGGGUCAAAUUCUGAACGUCAACGCUGAUGUGGCUGCCGGUGAGCUUGCGAGGGCGUUGCAGCCGUUGAAGAUUGUCUACCUGGCGGAGAAGGGAGGGCUGUUUAAUGGUGAUACGGGGGAGAAGAUAUCUGCCAUUAACCUGGACGAGGAAUAUGACCAUUUAAUGAAGCAGUGGUGGGUGCGUCAUGGCACCAGACUAAAAAUUAAGGAAAUGAAGGAGUUGCUUACGGACCUUCCUCGAACGUCCAGCGUGGCUAUCAUCCACCCUGCGGAUCUACAGAAGGAAUUAUUUACGGAUACGGGAGCGGGAACUUUGAUCCGAAGGGGCAAUAAGGUUCAUAUCAAAUCUUCGCUUGAUGAAUUUGAAGAUAUUGAGCUGCUAAAGAACGCCCUCGUCCGGGACCGUGAGGGGCUUGAUGCGAAAGCGACUGUUGACAGAUACGUUGAGGCAUUGAAGAACCGCCCCUUCAAGGCCUACUUGGACGAGCCUAUGGAGGCUCUUGCCGUGGUUUUGCCUCCCCAAGAUGGAUCGUCGAUUGCUCAACUGACGACCCUUAGCAUUACCAAAGCGGGAUGGCUGAGGCAAGUUGCAGACAAUGUCUUUGCCAGCAUGCAGAAAGACUUUCCCAAGCUCGUCUGGACAGUUAAUGAGGAGGACGAAAAUCUGACGUGGUUCUUUGACAAAGCCCAAGGUAGCUUGAGCCGGGACGGUCGAGUCCUCUUCUGGAGUGGCCUUGAAAGCGGUGACGAAAUCAAGGAUCUCAUCGUUGAAUUCAGCAAGCAUGGAACCGACAUGCUUGGAGGGAAUGCCUUGGAGUCGGAGUUUCAGCGUACCGAACUGGCUGCUUCGAGCACUGCUGGUACCCCUGGCUCUGGAGUCCAGCAAAAGCGAACCUUUUCAACCUCCGCAACCUCUAGUAUUCCCAGUGCCCAAAGACGUCGCCAAUUUGGCGGGGGAAACUACCAGUCUUCUCGAUCAUACACCACCACCAACCCAAACCCCCCUUUUGGUGACAAGAACGUUUCCAACAGCAAACCUUCCAACGUAGCCCUGAUUGGAGCACGUGGAUAUACCGGACAAGCUCUCGUCAGUCUUAUGAACAAGCACCCACAUAUGGAUCUUCGUCACGUAUCUUCCCGCGAACUUGCCGGCCAAAAAUUACAAGGCUACAGCAAAAGGGAAAUCAUCUACGAGAACCUCAGCGCCGAUGACGUUCGCCGCAUGGCUGAGAAUGGCGACGUAGAUUGCUGGGUUAUGGCUCUACCCAAUGGCGUUUGCAAGCCCUUCGUCGAUGCUAUCGACCAAGUCGAUCAGGAACAAGCCGUUAUCGUCGACCUUAGUGCGGACUAUCGAUUCGACGAUAAGUGGACCUACGGUCUACCUGAGCUGGUCAGCCGUGCCUCCAUCGCUAAAGCCCUUCGCAUUUCCAACCCUGGCUGCUACGCCACUGCUGCCCAAGUAGGAAUCGCACCACUCGUUCCGUAUCUUGAUGGACGACCUACCGUAUUUGGUGUUUCAGGGUACUCGGGAGCCGGAACGAAGCCAAGCCCAAAAAACGAUGUCAAACACCUUACCAACAAUCUCAUACCGUAUAGCUUGACGGAUCAUAUUCAUGAAAGGGAGAUUAGUACACAGCUUGGCGUAGAGGUUGCAUUCAUCCCGCAUGUGGCAUCUUGGUUCCAAGGGAUCCAUCACACGAUCAACAUUCCUUUGAAGGAGAUGAUGUCGUCCCGUGAUAUCCGCAACUUGUAUCAGGAUAGAUAUGCUGGUGAGAAGCUUGUCAAAGUCGUUGGCGAAGCUCCGCUCGUCAAGAAUAUUGCUGGUCGUCACGGGGUUGAGGUUGGAGGUUUUGCAGUCCACUCCGGAGGGAAGAGAGUGGUUGUCUGCGCCACCAUUGAUAAUCUACUCAAGGGGGCAGCGACUCAAUGUCUUCAAAAUAUGAAUCUCGCUCUUGGAUAUUCGGAAUACGAAGGCAUCCCAUUGGAGUAA